AAAUAUAUUAUAAACCAAAUGGCAGGUGUAUUAAGAGCAAAAGAUAAUCCUGUAGUAUUUUUUGAUAUAACAAUAGGUGGUCAUAAAGCAGGAAGAAUAAAAAUGGAAUUAUUUAAAGAUGUAUGCCCUAAAACAGCAGAGAACUUUAGAUAAAUGUGUACUGGGGAAUUUAAAAGAUUUGAUUAACCAGCAGGGUAUAAAAAUUGUACUUUUCAUAGGAUAAUAAAAGAUUUUAUGAUUUAAGGAGGAGAUUUUUUAAAAAAUGACGGUACAGGAAGUAUAAGCAUAUAUGGUGAAAAAUUUGACGAUGAAAAUUUCAUCUUAAAGCAUGAUGAUAUUGGAUUGUUAUCAAUGGCUAACUCAGGAAAAAAUACAAAUGGAAGUCAAUUUUUUAUUACAUGUUCAAAAUGCGAAUGGCUUGAUGAUAAACAUGUUGUGUUUGGAAAAGUUAUUGAUUAAGCAAGUUUAUAAGUUGUACGUAAGAUAGAAAAUACUCCUACAAUUGGAAAAAGCAAUAAACCUAAAGUUCCUGUUGUAAUUGAAGAAUGUGGUGAACUAUGAAAACAAAACAAAA